AUGAAUUCGGUCGGGUCGCCCGAUGAUUGUUUAUAUUCUAAUCGCUUCGGACUUUGGAAUAGACCUCCCUGGCCUCCUUUCUGGCACUUGGUAGGUGGCGGGCGAGCAGGUAAGGCCUCCCUCCACGACUCCGCCUCGGCGGUAACGCGAGCGUUCGUCAGAGUGUACCGUGCGCUGUCCGACCGCGCUCAUGCCGCGGGUCCGCCCAUCGCAAUGAAGUGGCUGUGUAUGUUUGUGCUUUUUCUGUGUUUGAGGUGCGAAGCCGCGAAUAAACCUAGGAGAGGACGCGGCAGUAUGUGGUGGGGUAUAGCAAAAGCUGGCGAACCAAACAGCCUGUCACCAGUCUCACCUGGAGUACUGUACAUGGACCCGGCAGUCCACGCGACGUUGAGAAGGAAGCAGCGACGGUUAGCUCGAGAAAACCCCGGCGUUUUAGCAGCAGUGGCCAAAGGAGCUAGUAUGGCAGUGGCAGAAUGCCAACACCAGUUCAAAUACAGAAGAUGGAACUGUUCCACAAGAAAUUUCCUUAGAGGAAAGAAUUUGUUCGGCAAAAUUGUUGACAGAGGUUGCCGUGAGACAGCGUUCAUAUAUGCAAUAACGAGCGCCGGUGUAACGCAUGCGGUGUCCCGCGCGUGCGCAGAAGGCUCGAUUGAGUCUUGCACCUGUGACUACUCGCAUGUUGACCGCGCGCCUCACCGCUCUCGCGCCGCUGCCGCCGCCAACGUACGCGUCUGGAAAUGGGGCGGUUGCAGUGACAACAUCGGCUUCGGCUUCAGAUUCAGCAGAGAAUUUGUCGACACCGGCGAAAGAGCGAAGACGUUGAGAGAAAAAAUGAACUUGCACAACAAUGAGGCCGGCAGAAUGCACGUGCAAACGGAGAUGCGCCAGGAAUGCAAAUGCCAUGGUAUGUCUGGAUCCUGUACAGUAAAGACAUGCUGGAUGAGGCUACCAAGUUUCCGGUCUGUGGGAGAUGCAUUAAAGGACCGCUUCGACGGAGCUUCGCGGGUUAUGAUGCCAAACACAGAAGUCGAAGUUCCUGUUCCACGUAACGAUGCAGCGGCACACAGAGUUCCCCGAAGGGAUCGAUACAAAUUCCAACUUAGGCCGCAUAAUCCUGAUCACAAAACACCUGGUGUCAAGGACCUAGUGUACCUCGAAUCAUCACCGGGUUUCUGCGAAAAGAACCCGAGACUGGGCAUUCCCGGCACGCACGGGCGUGCCUGCAAUGAUACUAGCAUCGGUGUCGACGGUUGCGAUCUUAUGUGUUGCGGCCGCGGCUACCGGACCGAGACUAUGUUCGUAGUGGAACGGUGCAACUGCACAUUCCACUGGUGCUGCGAAGUUAAAUGCAAGCUGUGUCGCACAGAAAAAGUAGUUAACACGUGUUUA